UGCGCAUCUAAACAGGAAGUGCAUAAAUAAUUUUGAAAAUCUCGAUAUAGUUGCAAAUUCAAUGGAAUAUUAGGGAAACCCAAAAUAGUAACAACAUAAAGCCAGAAAUCGAUCAACAUGUAUAGCUAUGCAAAGACGUCACCUCCUGUUUCGCCACCAAGUUCCCCAGUUCCAUCCACUAUAGUUUACACAGAGAGGCCAUCUUCACCAAACCCAAGACAACAAGCAAGACUGACAGCAAGUUCAAAGAGAUACAAGUAUUUAAGGCGUAUAUGGAAGUUUAAGCAAAUGGACUUUGAGUUUGCAUUUUGGCAAAUGCUCUAUCUAUUCUAUUCACCACAAAAAGUCUACAGAAAUUUCCAGUAUCGAAAACAGACAAAGGACCAAUGGGCAAGAGAUGAUCCAGCCUUCCUAGUGCUUCUGAGUUUCUGGCUGUGUGCUUCUUCGAUAGGGUUCUCCAUUGUGAUUGGCCUUUCCUUCCUCAAUUUCUGGAAGUUCCUAAUCUGGGUGAUAUUUGUAGACUGUAUCGGGGUUGGUCUCCUGAUAGCAACAUGUUUCUGGUUUAUUGCGAACAAAUACCUGAAAGCGUCAUCUAGUCAGGGGCCAGAGGUAGAGUGGGGGUAUGCCUUUGAUGUUCAUCUCAACGCUUUCUUCCCCCUUCUUAUGAUACUGCAUGUCCUUCAGCUAGUAUUCUUACAUCCCAUUAUAAACAAAGAAUACUUUAUUGGAACACUUCUUGGAAAUACAAUGUGGCUGUUUGCGAUAGGAUACUACAUUUAUAUUACCUUCCUGGGAUACAGUGCAUUACCAUUUUUAAAGAAGACGCAGGUGCUAUUGUACCCUAUGACAGGUGUUGCCAUCUUCUAUCUACUCACACUCAUUCUCAACUGGAACUUGAGUAAAGGACUCUGUAACUUUUACCACUACAGAGUCUACUCACCAUAGUAACAGACUAGAUAGGUGAUGCACCAGUGAAAUGAAUAACUGGUUGUAUACUUAGUGGGAAGCUUUGAGAUGAAACUCAGUACAUGUAAUGUAUUUUGGGAUAAAAGGACAAAAAGGCAUUGCAAGGACAAUAGAGAAUUUAAGAAUAUCAUUUUUGGAACUUCAAUCAAAGCAUCCCAGCAUACUAUCUCACAAAUACCAUUUAGUCUGAUUUGUUUCAAGAUAUACUGAAAAAUAUAUAAGGCAAUUGACCCAUUAUUUCAGAAAGCACAAAAAGUUACAGUAGCAUAUCUUUGGUAAAGAAUAACAUUGCUCAUAUCAAUAUUUGGAUAUGGACUUCAGUGAUUGUUGAUUUUUCAGGUUCCUUAGCUUUUUUUCAAAUUCUGAAGUUUAAAUGAAGACUGUCGAAGUUGGAUGAUGUCUUAAAAUUACAUUCACGUCUAAGUUAGACCAAAUAUUCAAAAUUGCUCACCUAUAUCAAAAAGUACCAGAUUGAUCUUAUUUUUGUGAUUUUAAGUUUUUGCAUCAUAGUUAGAAUUUGAGCACUACUUCAAGGCUACAAGUGAUUGCUAUGCUAUACACAUGUGAUGUACAUGUAAUGUGGAUAAUUAGUAUUUUUUCUUAUACAUGUUUAUGUAUAAACACCUGAACACUAUAUAUACUCUAUAUAGUCAUCAAAGUAUAUUUUAUUUAUGAUGUUUUCUUGUCUAAAAGUAAUAUUUGAACAUAAGACACUUUAAAAUGUAUCAAUGUACUAGUAUCUAGUGUAUAAGAGACUUAAUAGUUUAUAUACAACAAAAACUGGUUGUAUCAUGUGAAAUAUGUCUGCCAGGGGUCUUAGUGUUAACCCUUUGGGGUAUUGUAAAAUAUUGGCAUGUAAAAAAUUUGGGCAGAAAGCUUUCAGGUAUGUAUAAAAUGUACAUAUGUAAAUAAAGCUCUGGGUUAUUGAUAAAA